AACUGAAACAGUUACCCAAUUUGCAAUUUAAAUCGGAAAUGAGAAUAGUAGGCGGUAAACCAUUUCAAAUUUGUGAAUGCAAUCAAACAUUUAAAGACAAGCACACAUCAGGAUUAAGUAAUGAAAUUAUAAGAAAGGUGUAAACUCAGAGCAAUUAUAGAUUAUUAAUUCGGUGAUAGUAAAUGUUUAAAAAGAAACAAAGGAAUAGAUGGACAAAUGGGCAAGGAGAACAUAAAAAAAGCAGGAGAGAGAGAUAAUUUAGAGACCCUUUAAAAUUAAUAGAAAAUUGUUUGAAAAAUUAUAAUUUAUUAUGGAACUAUUAGAAUGGAGCAAAUAAAUUACAAAUUGGAAAAGUAAACAGUUGAAUCAGGCUGAAUUGUCCCAUGAAACUUUAGAAAUAGACAUAUAGAGAAGUAAGCUUAAAUCCAGAAUAGAAAUCAAAGGAAUCAACUAAAGAAAUGAAAAAGAGAGUAGAUGCAUUAUACUAAUGAAAACAGACAAGCGUGAGGCUAUAGCUGGCUAAGGUUUUGCAAAUGUAAAAGAAUACAACCAAAUUUAAUCGCAAUUAAAAUGGCUAUCUAAACAUGCUAAAAUGACAUGGUUAAUAAGGUAACAGAUGCAGAUCUUGAAAACUUAGGAUAAUAAGGUAUGGAAGCAGCAUAAAGUGAGCAUUUGUAUGAAAGCAAUAUUACUAGAUCAGAGACAAUAUAUUAAAAAUGUAGAUGUAACUAUUGUUUUAGGUCGUCAAUAUAGAAAAUAGGCUAGAUCAGUGAGUGCGUUGGAGAAAUAAUAUUUUACGCUUGAUUUUGAAUUGCACAGUCAGAAAUUAAUAGAAUUCUCUUAUGAUUUAAACCAUUAGUAGACAUUUUAUCUGCCUGAUUAUAUUACAUAGAUGUAAAGAGUUCAAAUAUAUUUGGAACUAUUAGAAAGGGUAGAAAUAGUGGACCAAGAGAAAACUAUAUUAGCGCAAAAAGAUUUGGAAAUGAUGGGAGAAUAAAAUAUAGGCAAGAUGAUCAAUGAUUAAAUUACAAAGGAAUCUUGUUGCUUUAUUUAUUCAUGGAUUUUGGGAAUAAAAAUGACAAAAUGAA